AUGACCUAUGGCUCGUUAACCGUUCAAUUUCUUGGUCUUCUGACAGCGAUUUUCAUGCCAUCAAGAGAGAUCCCGAACUCGAUCUUUUGCAAAAUUCCGAGAACAUCUCAGUCUCAGCAGAUAAAGAACAUGUUCUCAAGCAUCACCAAAUCCUCGCUUCUACUCUUGGCUCCACUCCAUUUAUUCCGUGGAAUGUACAUUGCUUUUUGGCUCACAAUCUACCCAACCACAAUCGCUUUUACUGGGCAAUUCGCAAAGAAUCACAACCUUAUUGGAUAUAUUUGCAUUGCCUUCACAAUUGGAGAGAUUGCACUCGGUUUCUUCAUUUCCCACUUCUCGAAAAAAGUCAAAGAUUUUGGGCUAUGGCCGGUGUUUUCGAUGGUGAUUGGAUCAUUCUCGUUGAACGUGCUAGUUUGGGUGCUUUUCACACCAAAACUCUCUUCUAUACAACCGACGAAUGAUCCAGCGAUAUUUGAGAAUUGUAUCCCAAUUGUCAUUGCUAUGGGAGCUUUAAACGGAAUUGUGGACGGAUGCUUGAACAAUGUUAUCAUGGUCAUUUUGCCUAAAGUUCUCCCAUCGAAUCCAGCCGUCUCUUUCAGUAUUUCCAAGUUUUACCAGUCAAUUGCAUCAGCGACUUUCUACUUUGUGUCGAGUUUGCUAACCGUUCACCAACUUGGUGCCUUACUCACUUUCACUCUGGCAACGGCGGCGGUCGGCUUCUCAAUUGUUGUGAAACGGGUAAAAGCGGCUCAUCAAAUUGCUCCAGAAGGCAAAAAA